UUAUCAAUCAAGGUACUGGUGGUUGAAUCAGGAUGUUUAUUUAUAUUUUUUGUUGAAUAUUUAUGAGAUACGUUUCAGUGUUCAGUUGGGGAAGUGAAAUAAGUAGCUAUAAGGAAGAAAAACAAUUUCAUCCAUCUUCUUACUUUUGGGUAAUCACUUGACAAUUUUGGGUUACAUUUGUGAACUUAUCUAAAAAAAAAACAUGUAAAUAUUCAUCACUUAUUUCAAGACACAAACUGAUUGAGAUGCCGGGUGCUUUAUUUGUAUACCAGGCACUGCAUGACUUCACGCCUUCGGAACAAACCUCUGAUCCUGACGAUGAAGAAAUCCAGAUAGAAAAAGGCGAUACUCUUGAAGUUAAAGGUCCUAUUGAUAAUUUUGAACACCCCAAUAUUUGGUUGAAAGGAAAGAAUGUUACCAAAGGGACAGAAGGACUGUUUCCAGGGACAUUUGUACAGUUUAUUAAAACUAUAGAACAGUCUGAAGAACCAGUUGAGGAGCCAGUACCACCACCGCCAGUUGUCCCCCUUCCUCAUCGUUUAGUAGAUUGUUAUUUUGUCAGACCAGUUACCUGUUCAUUUUGUAAUGAUUUCAUAUGGGGUACUGGUAAAGUUGGCAAAAGGUGUACAGGAUGUAACCAAGUAUGCCAUUCUUCAUGUUGGGAUGUAGAAGUCCAAUCCAGUUGUACCAGAGGAAAUCCAGCACCCAGUACUCCAGUACACAGUACUUAUGUGCCUAUAGAGAAUUGGACUUGUGAAAACGUUGUAGAAUGGAUGGCCUGUGUCAGACUCUACAGAUAUGCUCAGAUGUUUAAAGACAAUCAAAUCAAUGGCAAAGAUAUUAAAAAUAUGGAUCCAGAAAAAUUAGGGGACUUAGGCAUCAAAGAUGAUUUUCACAAGAUGUCUCUAAUGGUGUGUAUAGAUGAAUUAUGUGGGAGAGAUUCAAGCAUGCGCCCUUAUGCUUCUUCACUCCCAUUAUCAGGUCAGAUUGUUGAAAUGGAAGCAGAUGGAGCAGCAUCAGAACACAGGUUUUCCGAAUAUAGUUUCCCUUCCAUGCAGAGAUGUCACUUGUGUGAUAAGUUUCUGUAUGGUUUAAUUAGCCAAGGUCUACAGUGUAGAGAGUGUGGAAUGUGCUGUCAUCGUUACUGUUCUUCAUCAAGGCAAUCUGAGUGCAGCGUGCCAAAGAUAGAGAGAUUAAGACGACCCAGUUUUACUAUUAACUCAGUAUUUGGAGAAGAUUUAGCAGAAGAAAUAGGAAAAAAUAACACAGAAACCCCAUGGGUUAUUUCUAAAUGUACGGAGGAGAUUGAAAAAUGGUGUGAAAAUCAUCAAACUGAAGCAUUAAGUGUAUAUAGAAUGUAUGCCAAGUCAGAAGAAGUUAAUGCUAUAAAAGUCCAGUUGAAUAUGGCUACAGAGCCUUCACAAGUUAAUUUGUCUCAGUUUAAUGUACAUUGUGUGGCCGGGGUAUUAAAGAAAUAUCUACGGGAACUACCCAAUCCAGUGAUCCCCGUAGAAUUUUAUGAUAACUUCAUCACAGCAGCAAAAAGUGGGGAACACUCUAAAAACCUAAUUGAUCUCACAACCCAAUUACCACAGCCACAUAAGUCUACGUUACAUUUUCUCAUGGGUCAUUUUAUACGACUUUGGAGAAUUCAACAUGAAUCUGGAACGUCGGACGGCCUAGAUAAACUGUCACAUGUGUUUUGUCAUAUACUUCUGCGUCCUCCAUGGGAGAAAAUCAUAGAAAUCGUGGACAAUACAAAAUUACACAUAGACAUUAUUGAGGAAAUGUUAAAAAAUGGCAACUGGGGUGAGACCACACCCCCACUGGCUCCACCAGUGCCACCUAGACCAGAAAAUACAUUGGUGGGGAGAUCAGUGUUGGACACUUCAAUUAGCCCUGAAGAACAGUUACGUGAAGCAGACUGGUACUGGGGAAAUAUUUCUCGGGAGGAAGUGAACGAACACUUACGUGAUAAACCCGACGGUACUUUCUUAGUGAGGGAUGCAACAUCACCUGGCGACUACACAUUAACUUUACGCAAAGGUGGAACAAACAAAUUGAUUAAAAUUUAUCAAAAAGAUGGAAAAUAUGGAUUUGUAGAACCUUUGAAUUUUGAUUCUGUUGUGGAAUUAAUAGAACAUUACAAGCAUAAUUCAUUAGCAAUAUAUAACAAGACUUUAAACAUCAGGCUUCUGCACAAAGUGUCCAGAAAUAUUAAUCCCGUAUAUACAGAUGUCUCGCAGGAAGUACAAAAAUUGCAGCAAGUUCACAAAGACUACCUCAAAAAGAUGGCUGAAUAUGAUAAACAUUAUGAACAACAUUCAAAACUCAAUCAAGAACUUCAGUUAAAGCAUCAAGCUUUAGAUGCAUUUAAAGAAACCGUCAAGGUCUUUGAGGAGCAGUUAGAACUUCAUAGGCGCCAUCAUGCUGAUGCCUCAGUUAGAGAUUUACAGAGAUUGAAAGAAAAUUAUGAUUUAUUACGAGGAAGACUUGACAGCAUAACUGGAAGUAAAGAGCAUUUAGAAGCAGAUAUAAGUGCUAAAACACAACGUAACCGAUCACUCAUCAGCGAUAUGAAUGCCCUUCGACCUGAAAUCAAGCGAUUAAACAGACAAAGAGAUCAGAUUAAGAAAUAUUUACAAGACCAAAACUAUCCUGCUGAAGCUAUUGAAAAAAUAUUAGAGAGCGAAAGCAAGGUAAAGCAUGAAGAGAAAGACUGGUAUGUUGAAUGUGAUCGUCCAGGAUCAGAAAAAUUACUAUCAAACCAAAGAGAUGGCACCUUUUUAAUCCGACCCAAAAGAGAUGAUAAGAAUGACAAACUAGUGCUGUCCAUUGUUUAUCAAGGCACUGUCGGACAUUGUUUAAUUUACAAAGAAAAUCAUCAUUAUGGAUUUACACCUCAAACAUGUGACUUUCAAAAUAUAAAUGACUUGGUAGAACAUUACAGCCGAGAAUCUUUACGUGAACACAAUUCCAAAUUAGAUGUAAGACUGUUAUAUCCAGUGAACAAGGAACCAGCUGCUGCCGGACAGCAGAAUGUUGACAGUGUUAAUAACUAUUUACAGAUGAAUCAGAGUUAACAAUGACCAAUGAAAAUACAGUAUUUUUAUACCAAGACCUGAGCAUGGACAAACAAAACUCUACCCACGUUAAAAGUCUUUCAUUAUGUUGUAUCCAUGCAAAUUUCUUGAAUGCCAUUAUAUGAUAUAAAUAUAUAUAUAUAUAGUGCUAAGUGUACUAACUAUGCUUAAAGCUGAUUCAGUCUCAAGCACCAAGAUUGUUAGCCUUGGUUUUAAGAUGACGUUACUAUGAUGAGUCUGAUUAUGAGGACAUAUUCCUCGGUAAAUAUUGUAGAAGUACCGUAUUCUGUGAUUUUAUGUCUCCAAAGGAGUUAGUCUGUAAACAUAACAGGGCAAAAUUUGAUGCUGCAAUAUCAUUGUUAUAUGCUGUUGACGAUUAUUAUAUCAUACUUUACAUAAUACACAGGCAAAAGGUUCAUUCCAAACACCGUCAAUUAUACAGUAAAAUGUGGCUUUAGGCCUAACCAUGGUAUAAUUAUUUACCAUUGAGUCUGUCUAUAACUGUCAACAUUGUUUACUACUAGAUAAUAUCUUGUAGAGAUGAUUGUGAUCAGGUUGAUGAAGGUUGACUGUGAUUACAAUGAUCUUGACUACAGGGAAUACAAAAUACAAAAUUUUUAAUCGUUUCAUGCUGUUUAUAUGCAGAUAUAAUUGACAGUUUUCAUAGAAAUUUAAUUUUUGGGUAAUAACUUUCAAAAGGAUAUGAGAUAAACAAAUCAAAAUUUCUGAAUUAAUACAAAAUAAGACCAAUUGUUAAGGGAUACAUUUGAAACUUACAUUUCAAAUAUAACUUGUACUUACAUAUACAUCUAUGAACAUAUGAAGCAAACUUUUGUCCUGUAUAUCAGAAGUUUUAUUUACAUUUAAGUGCUUAACCUAAACUUACAUACUUUGUUAUUUGUUAUUUUUUACAUUAUUUCAUUGUGAAAUUGCUGUUUGUUCUAAACAAUGAAUGAUUCUGGAAUUAUUGAAUGAAUAUAGAAAAUGUGUGCAUAAUAAAAGAGAAAGGGACCAACAAAGAAAGCUAGAUUUUUUUUCAUUUUGACAAUGUUGGGAUUUUUGUUAACUAAAAAUAACCAUGUGAUUUCCAAGUAUAAUGAAAUUAAUAAUAAAGUCAGCAAAUUUUAUUUAACAUGCUUUUUUACAAACUAAAUUAAUUAAAUUGGAUAACGCAUUUUGUUCCAGUUAUGAUUUAAGAAUGAAUGGUUUGACAUGAUUUACCUCAGAAUUAUCUAUCAAUGGCUUUCAUGAAAAUCAAACUAUUUUUGUUGAAUGGUUUAUAAGAUAUGUUUAUUUUUUACCAUGUUGCCUUACAAAUGUUCAAAUGCUGAUCAUGUUUGAAUGAAUGAUUGUUAUUGAGUGAAUCACAUUAAUCAUGAUUGUAUCGAGUGAAUCACAUUAAUCAUGAUUGUAAUCAAUGAUAUAUUUCAUUGGUGCUAAUUGUAGCGGCAGGUUAUAGGGCAUGUUUUACUUGACACAGGAGGGCACCGAACAAUUUUAGAGUUAUCCCCCUUUUCUGUUCUCUUUUUUUUGUAGUGUUAAAAAAUGGGGUCAAUCUAUUUACUGUGCCAAGAAAAAUUCAUUUCAUUUAGUAAGUAGAAUCUAUUUCCAAUGUUAUUGUCAGUAUCUCGUUGUAGUAGGUAGUAAACAUCUUAUUCAAUGUCUAAAAACUACUGUCAGAUAGUCGAAAGAAAAGCUGUUGUUUCUGUAGAUUUUAGUUAUGCAAACUUAGUUCAUUCAAUUGUUUUACCAAAUAUCAUACGAUGAAAAAAAAAUCAG